AUGGCUCAAGACUUCCUUCUCUUCCUCUUAUUCUCUUACGUUAUUUCUACAAAUAUUCAUGCCUGCAAACAAACUGAACGCAACUCCCUCCUGUCCUUUGCCUCAACUCUAUCUUCUCCUCCUUUAAAUUGGACAUCCAUUGAUUGCUGUCGUUGGAAGGGCAUCACGUGUAAUCAAGAUGGUUGGGUCACCCAUUUGCUCUUGCCUUCCAAAGGGCUCAAAGGAGGUAUCCCUUCUUCUUCACUUGGAAAUCUCACACAUCUCACCCACUUGAACUUUUCCUACAAUUCACUAUAUGGUUCACUUGAUACUCAGUUCUUCAUGUCUUUGAAUCGACUCGAGUUCCUUGAUUUGAGCUAUAACUUUCUUUCUGGAGAGCUACCACUUUCUCUACCAUCCAGCAAUAUUCGAACAGUGGAUUUAUCCAGCAAUCAGUUUCAUGGUGCAAUUCCACCUUCAUUCUUCCAACAAGCAAGCAGCUUGACUAGUUUCAAUGUCAGCAACAAUACCUUCACAGGGUUAUUGGAUUUUUCUUCCAAUCUAUUCAAUGGUGACCUUGCUCCUGGGUUAGGGAAGUGUUCCAAACUGCAAGUUUUUCGUGCCAGUCACAAUAACAUCGUAGGAUUACUUCCAGAAGAUAUCUAUAAUGCUACCAAACUUGAAGAAAUUGCAUUACCUUUCAAUUCACUAAAUGGAGCCAUUAGUGAUAAAAUUGUCAACCUCACCAACCUUGCAUCCUUGACCUCUCCUUUAAUCAUUUUGGCGGCAAGCUUCCUCUCAAUUUGGGGAAGCUCUCCAAGUUGA